GGGGCGGGGCGCGGAACCACGGAGCGCGCGAAGCGUGAUGCGCGAAGCGUGACGCGGACGCAGCGAAGGUCGCAGAGUGGAGGAGUUCCGGCAGCUUUCCGAGAGUCCCAACUCGGCCUUUGGUGGGCAGACGCUGAUUGGUAGCCCAGAGGAGUGGUAGAGCUGUUGCCCUAGUAACUCUGCUACUAGAUGUAGUCAAAGCAUUGACUUGCUUCCUUCAGCAGCCCAGAGCUGAGCUCCCGCAGGUUCCAGACCCUGAGCUUGGCAGAGUGGGGAAUCUCUCAAGAUUUAAAGUAGCAUGGAUCUGCCCGUGGAUGAGUGGAAAUCAUACGUACUUCAGAAGUGGUCUUUGCUCCCCAAGUCCAUUCAGGUUACAAUUUCUACAGCAGAGACUUUAAGCGAUAUCUUUCUUCACUCAUCUUCGCUUCUUCAACCGGAGGAUGAGAUGUUUUUAAAAAGGCUUUCUAGAGGUUACCUUGUUGGAAAGGACCCCAACGCUCCCCUUUUCUACAGAGAAGAAGGAAACAAAAAAUUUCAGAAGAAGGAUUAUAUGGGAGCCACAGUGCUGUACUCUAAGGGAGUAUCGCAUUCAAGGCCCAACUCUGAGGACAUUUCACUGUGUUACGCCAAUCGCUCUGCAGCCCUCUUCCACCUGGGUCAGUAUGAGACAUGCCUUAAAGACAUCGUCAGAGCACAGACACAUGGAUAUCCAGAAAGAUUGCAACCCAAGUUGCUGUUGCGUAAGGCGGAGUGUCUGGUGACCCUGGGGAGACCACACGAGGCAAGCCAGACCAUCAGUGAUCUUGAGAGUAACUUUGCUGCCAAACCAACCCUAGCAGCUUCCCAAUUUCAGGUUCUGCAGAGAACCCUCUGUCGUCUGAAGGUAAAGGUACAGGAAAAGGAGAAUCUCACAGAAACCUCCCCAGCAGCUCUAACCAAAGCCUUUGAGGAUAUGGACCUAAGGGAAGAGAAUGAACAGAUUUCCAGCACAUCAUCAUCUGUCAGCUUAUGUACAGACCCUUUAAAAGGCCGCUGUCUGGUUGCCACAAAAGAUAUUCUCCCAGGAGAGCUUCUGGUGAAAGAGGAUGCUUUUGUGAGUGUCCUUAACCCAGGAGAAAUGCCACCAUGGCAUCGUGGCCUCGAGAGCAAGUGGGAUACCAGAGCUACCAAUGGGGACCUCUACUGUCACCGAUGUUUGAAGCACACUUUGGCCCCAGUUCCCUGUGAUGGAUGCAGCUAUGCCAAGUAUUGCAGCCAAGAGUGUUUGCAGCAGGCCUGGGAUCUCUACCAUAGUAUAGAGUGUUCUCUAGGGGGGCUGCUUCUCACACUGGGUGUUUUUUGCCACAUUGCCCUGAGGUCGACUCUUUUAGCUAGAUUUGAGGAAGCUGGCAAAGUCAUAAAUAAGCUUUGUGGUGAGAUUACUAACAGGGAUACCUGUUUACCUGAAAGCAAGAAUCUGGCGCAAAUACUCAGCUAUGACCUGGGAGGGGAGAGUAAAAACAAGGGCAAAACCGUUGAGACCCCGAUUCCUGGGUGUGAUAUUAACGGGAAGUAUGAAAGUAAUUACAAUGCUGUCUUCAGCCUUUUACCCCAUACCGGAAACCAUAGCCCUGUACACAAAUUCCUCUGUGCUCUGAGUGUUUCUGCACUGUGCAGGCAGCUCGAAGCAGCCAGGUUGCAGGCCUUCACAACAGGUCUGAGAUCGUCUAAGCUGAAAGCAGCAGCGGCUCCUGUGUUGUAUCCAGAGUUGAAUAUUUGGGGAGUGGCCAUGCUGAGACACAUGUUACAGCUACAGUGUAAUGCUCAGGCAAUAACAACCAUACAGCAAACAGGAUCUGAAAAGAAGAACCUCAUUACGAACAGCAGGCAGGUGCGCCUUGCCACGGGGCUGUUCCCCGUCGUCAGCCUCCUGAACCAUUCCUGCAGCCCCAAUACCAGCGUGUCCUUCAUUAGCACCGUCGCCACCGUUCGGGCAUCUCAGCAGAUUAAAAAAGGACAAGAGAUUCUCCACUGCUAUGGGCCCCACGAGAGCAGGAUGGGUGUUGCCGAGAGGCGCCAGAAGCUGAGGUCUCAGUAUUUCUUUGACUGCAACUGUCCCCCUUGUGAACGUGAGAAGCAGAGACCCUCGCAGGGGCCCGGGCGGGAAGCCUUCUGUUGUCACCGUUGCAGAGCACUCCUGCAGGGAGAUGAUGUUCUGAGCUGUGGCAGCACAUCUUGUACGGAAUCAGUCAGCAGAGAUCACCUAGUCUCUCAGCUACAGGACCUUCAGCAGCAGGUGGGGAUGGCCCGGAAGCUUCUCAGAAAUGGCGAACUAGAGCGAGCCAUUCAGCUGUUGUUGGGAUGCCGGCAUGCUGCUGAGAGCUUCCUGUUGGCGGAACACAGCGUGGUGGGAGGAAUCGAGGAUGACCUGGCCCAGGCCUAUGCUGCCUUAGGGGACUGGGAGAAGUCAGCCGCCCAUCUACAGAAGAGUCUCCGGGUGGUUGAGGUUCGCCACGGGCCAACCAGUGUUGAGAUGGGCCAUGAACUCUUCAAACUGGCCCAAAUCUUCUUCAAUGGGUUUGCAAUACCCGAAGCUCUGAACACAAUACAACAGGCAGAAAAGGUUCUGCUGGUACACUAUGGCCCUUGGAAUGACGAGAUCCAGGAGCUACAAAAGAUGAAAUCCUGUUUGUUGGACUUGCCGCCCAUCCUUGUGGGACCCAACCAGUAGGGUCUCAAGGGGACCUUGACCAACAGGAAAGGAGCCCGUGUGGGAGGAGUUAAAGAGGGUCUGUUGCUGCUGAGCUGUCGCCAAACAAUACAGGACUUGCCCGACAGUCACAAGCCUAGUGUAUGAGGGGAAGGGAGGGCUUAGAAAGCUUUGCAGUUAGAGACGUGCUCACCUAUGGUUUUUUUUUUCCUACAUCUUUAUUGGAGUAUAAUUGGUUUACAAUGGUGUGUUAGUUUCUGCUUUAUAACAAAGUGAAUCAGUUAUACAUAUACAUAUGUUCCCAUAUCUCUUCCCUCUUGCGUCUCCCUCCCUCCCACCCUCCCUAUUGCUCACCUAUUUUGAUGAAUGUUUCUUGAAAUAGUUAACUGCUCUGCAACAAAAACUCCUGGUUCCCAGAAAAAAACCUUAAAACUGGUACCUGGAGAACCUAAGCCCUUUAAAAGGAUUUUAGCUGAUCUGCAGGCAUCUGGAUGUUAGCCUGGGGUUUUGGCUAGACGCCUCCUUACUAAAUGAUGAUAGUCUGUUUCCCUGGAACAUUCCUUUGGUUUCUAGUAGUAAUGAAACGUUGUGUACCACUCCAGUGGGAACUUAAACUCUUAAUAGUCGUAUUGUAAUUGAAAAAUACUUAUAAGCAAGAAAUUAGUGAGGCUCCUUACCUCUGGAGGUAUAGUUUCAUUUAUGGUACCUAGCUUCCUUGAAUCCUUUGUUAAAACCAGUGGAGUAUAAAUUGUGAAUAGAGAAAUAAAUAUGGGGCCAUUUUAUUGUUGGGGAAUUUCUUCCUAGGAUGGCAACUCUAAAUUUGUUUUCUACCAGUUUUCGAGUCCUUAUUCUCUGGUUUUCAUUCUGUACUCUGGGCAGACUCACAGACCAAACACUAAUAAAAUCAAGCUUGUAGCAAUGAUUUUACAACA